AUGGAGCCAUCAUCCGACCCAUACCAUGAUCUCAUCGGCCUUCCGCCUCCGAUUACUUAUGCUCAAGAGACACACCAAGUUAUUGCUUCCCCAUCGGCAGCAACCGAAGCACAAACAAUUGCAGCAAAUGUAAUACAACGUGCCUGGAAAAGAUUUCAUAUGAAGGCUACGUUCCGAUGGUUAAAGGAAAACCUGAUAAGAGCGGAACGGUCCAUGACAAUGGAAAUAUUACGAAGAUUAUCCCCGAGAGAAGCAGAGUUGAUCAAAGAUCCGGUUGUACAGGGAAAAGUUCGAUUCAGAUUUGGAGGUUCUUCGUUCCCACCGACCAUCAUGUAUAAAAUAUACACGAAAAGCAAUAGUGUACAUUACUACAGUGGACAUCGUCUGAUUCAGGCCGACACGCAGGCAGCAGUCGAUUCAUGCGCAAUUAUGGGCGUCCGACUCUAUUCGGAAAAUAUGAUACGGAACGAGUACCAGAACCGCGCGUUAAAGAUUUCGCAUUCGGAUGAGGUGACGAACCGACUGGAAUUUGUGCAGUAUUUAAGCUCGUUAGAUUGUAAACCGGCGUACCUUGGCGGAAGAAAUAACGGAUGGAGAGAACUUAACAUCACACCGUUCACGGCUACUCAAAAUCUAAUAUACGAUGCAAGGAGCAGCCGCCGGUCCACUCGAUUUUCGUCCCGAAACGGAACAUCAGGGAUUGCUAAAGGAAUCAGUAAUUCAUCAAGACCUUCCGUUGGUAGAGUACGCAAACAAAAUCCAAAAUCUCAGAAUCGAACACGCCAGCUCCACCGUGAAUUAGAGCCCGAACUUGAUGACGAUUUUGAUCCGCUAUUUGAGUGGGCUAACGAUCUGUCGCUCGACUCCUUGGCAGAUUAUGUAGUUGGAGAAGUUAUGGUCUAAACGAUUGUUACGUAUAGAGAGAAAUCUACAAUUGAGAAUAUGUCUCUAGAAGCCUAUUAUGGUGCCUGUACAUUGUACAAUAAUUCCUAGUAAUGAAUGCCCGCAAACUCUCAA